GACACGCUAAAUCAAGGUGUUUCAUAGCAAAAAAUGAGAUAUCCUGAAUGAAAAUGUAGGCGUCAGGUUCACAGUAAUUUAUAGGGGCGACAGGCUUCUCCUUACCUCAGGCAUUUCUUGUGUAAAACUAUUUACUCACCUAACUAUAGUUAUUGUUUACUGAGUUUAUUUCAAUAUCAAGAUGAUUUUAUCAUGUCCAAAUGGAUCCACGACCCUCUUGUUGUUCGUGUUUCGGAAAACAGCCGUAGGAGACAAGUCAAUUGGCGGAAAAAGGCAGCAUAUUUGACCAAAUAAAAACGGCUUUGAGGUUGCAAAAAACAACACAACAAUAUAGUGUUGACACUCUUAUAUGGAAAUGCAAAGUUAAAUCUUCUCCUCUUUCAGUGAGCAACUUUCAUUGUUAGCGCCUCCCUUCCCCCUUGCUCUCUUUCUUGUGAAGAUUUUUUAAAGAAGUUUAUCUCGAUAGCUUCUAGUAUUGCAACUUUUUCCCAUCAAUACUAGGCUCUCGCGAUAUCAAAUUUAUUGUGGUCACAAGUAUCUUUGAAAGUUUUUUUUAAUUAUUGACAAAAAGCGUGAAUAUUGCUUAAAGUGGGAACAUUGCGUGCAUAUAUAGGAGCAAUUUUAUAUGCACGUGGCUGGAAAUAAAUUCUAUACAUCAUUUCUGUAUUUAAAAUUCUAAUUUAAAGGGGGAGUAUGCAUUUAUACCGAUUAGCUUACUAAGUUAUCUGGCAUUAGAAAAAAAAAGAACAUCAACGCAUUCAUUAAUUGAAGGAAGACUAACAAACGAUUUUUUAGGGUACUGUGGUUGAAUUGUAGACCGCAGAGGGGAGCUCAACAGUGAAACUUAUCAUUAUUUGAUGCCCUCAGAUCGAAGAGAAGACUCACUCCGAGAGGGUAAUUCCAGUAAUCUCGACCUGGGAUCCCCGGAGGCCCCUGAAGUAAUGUACAGCUUGAGCUUGACUGGCCUUGUGCUGCCUAGCAACGAUGCCGAUCAAGAAAAUGAAAAAAAAUCCGAGCGACAUCAGGAAAGCUGCACUGAAUUCUAUGCUGGCGCGGAAAUCGCCUCUCCUAAGAGGAAUGAAGUGUUAGUGGAAGAAGGGUUUUCAGUGGCGUCGUGGGAUUAUGUAAAGCAAACGGCCCGGCACGUCGUGCGGUCGAUAAACUUAUUUAAAGAGAAAGUUAAAUGUAUGAAAUCAAGGCAAAUUAUUCUCACAUUGAUUUUCAUCAUCUUGCUGAUGUCGGGGAAUGUGAUGCAAAUUCUUAUGCUGAACUUUUGGCUCGUUAGUUUCCCUUCAGACGGUGCGCCUGGAAAUUAUACCGCGUUUGCAUUGCCUGGUAUUGUUUAUUCUAUGUUCUUUCUUAUUCUCCUCUGUGUGUAUAUCAUCGUGAAGAGGCCAAAUUUGCGUUUUGCGGGACAUACUUACGGGUGGAAACUGAUCAUUCUGAUCGGAUUCUACGACACAUUUAAUAGCUGGCUCGCGACCUAUGCGGCCUCACACACCCCAGAGAUGCUGCAAUCCCUCUUCACGAAUCUUAGUCCUCUGUACUCGAUGUUCUUUUCGAAAUGGAUCCUGCACGAUCCUCGGCAUUACCUCAACAUCUGGAUCGUAGUCAUGGUAGUGCUCACGGUGGCUGGCAUUCUCGUCGUUCUGGGUUUCGACCUCGCGGAGGGUUCGCCUGGGGCGAGCAGCCAGAAGUGGUUUAUCCUCAUCUUCUUCAGCUCCAUCCCCUUUCGAGUGCUCAUGAACGUCUACCAAUCGCUGUAUUUGAUCGUCUACACCAGCGACGCCACCUUUGUGGAGUGGCUGUGCUAUAAGCUGCAAGGGGUCCCCAAGGGCGAGGACGAUUCCGACGCCUCUCCUUCGAAGUCCGGGCGGCUGACGGUGCGGGAGCGGGAAUACCCGCAAGACAACACCGAGAACAACGCGCAUCUUAUGAUUCCCUGCCGCUCGCGCUACGGGUUUUCGGAGGUCGCCAACGGGAGUACGUCUUCACGGCGGGAAUUUGGCGGCUCCAUGGGCAGCGCCCCCCGGAUCACCGGGGUGGCGAGCCGCGCCGACAUCGACGAACGCCAGCGCGAGGUCGUUUUGACGUUAUACCACCAAGGCGAGGAUGCUGCGGUGAAACUGGUGAUGUUGGCGGGCGAAACCUUCGUGCAGAUGUGCUUCACCCUCGCCCUUCUCCCUGCGGAUGCGAUCCCGUGGCUCGGUGGCAGCUCGACCGUGGGGGAGACUUGGACGAACUUCAAAGGGGGCGUCCGAUCCUUCUUCACAAUUCCGAAAAAUUUCAUCUACGGCUUCUUGUAUACGCUGGGGUUCGUGUUUAACUACAUCGGGGCCGCCUAUGUAAACCACCGCAGCGUCACGCUGUGCUCACUCAUCACACAACUCUCAUCGCCGUUGACAGGUCUGCUGCUGGUGAUGGCACCCAGUUUGAACGCCCUCAGCGCGGAGGAUACGUCGUGGGGGCGUGAUCUUAUCGCCAUUCUCAUGUUAACCUUCGCGGCGCUCGUUUAUGUGGUAUGGGAGGAGUUAACGCAUAAACAGAUGCAGGAAGGGGAACGGGUGUUGAAGAUGAAGAAGCUUCGUGUACGCCCUAUAGAAGUGAAUGACAUCUUAAGUGAAGAAGGUAAGGAUCAGGAACAAUUUGGCCAAAUCUGA